AUGUCUCUCGCCUCGCUCGACCAAGCAAUCUCAAAUGUCCUCGCCGACUGGGGCAUCACAACCACCAUUCUAGCACUUGCUCUGGCAGCAUACCUAGUCUAUCCAGUCGUCUUCCCACAUGAACCAGACACACAUCCGCUUUUGCUAGCCAGACAAGCUAUAGCGAGUCCCGUGAGAAAGAAGGGGGAGUCCGCAAUCUACAGAUCGCCAGAAGUACCACACGGAUAUCCUCUGCGAACAGGGCUUAAUGUAAAAGAUCCAUCGGCGCCAAAAUGGGCGGCAGGAAAGGAUGGAGACAUUCGAGAUAUAUGGAGGGAGGUGCAAAGGGGCGGUAAAGCUGGUGAUGACGGCAAGCAGAUACCGAAAGGAUUGAUACUGAGCGUAUUCGGCAAAGAAGAGCUUGUGGACCACGACAUUGAUGACUUGAGCAAGGAGAUCAGCACAAUUGGAAACCACUUCAAGCAAGCAGGUAUCAAGAAAGUGGCCAUCUACCUACCCAACAGUGUAGAGUACCUCUUGACGCUUUUCGCUGCCACCUUUUACGGUGUCACACCAAUACUCCUCCCAUACAAUCUCCCACACCCGAAGGUCUACCACUUCCUCAGCGGUACUGGUGCCGAUGGCCUCGUCUGUGCAGCAGGCAACCUGCCACUCAACGACUUAUCCCAGGCAUGCAAGAAUCUGCGGCUUCUGACAUGGGUCGUGGAAAAGACAAGUAGACACAUGGACUGGAAUGGCGUGCCAGAUGAAGCUGCUGGCCGAUUGGUGGUCUCGGUCUGGCACGAUGUGGUGGAAGAGAACAAGGCUACUGCCACAACAGAACUUCCAAGCAAUGAUACCGGUGACACACCUGGCGACAUUGUCACUGUAUGGCAGCCUUCGAAUCCUGCCAUCCUCCCUCAAAUCGUGCCAUUCACGCAGACAAACAUGGUCGCCGCCAUCGCUGCCCUCGUCACAGCUAUUCCGAUGCGACAGCGACUGUCUCCAGCCGACCUGGUCCUCCCCGCCGACACAUUCACACACAACUACGUCCUCUGCCAGACGCUUGCCGCACUUUACAUGCAUUGCAGUCUAGCCAUUACAUCUGUUGCAGCACCCGGCGUCGACUUGCAGGUCGCAAGACGAGGCGUUGCACCUACCGUCAUCAUUGCUUCCGCCGAGACCAUGGUCAAGUUGCACCAGGAAGAGACCGCGGGCAUCUCAUCAGGCCUCCAGCGCUUCGGCAAGUACUCUCAAGACCAGACAGUUGCCGCCGGUCGCAUGCCUACCGAUGGCAUCCUCUUCAAGCUUCUCGCUCCAAAAUCAGGAAGCACGGAGCCUGGCAAGCUUCGCCUCAUCCUGACCUCCGACCGUCUUGGCGCUGGCUCGCCUACUCUCACAUCAACCAUGCUCAGCGAUCUACGCAUCUUCACCAGAAGCCGAAUCAUCUACGCUCUUACAACCGCCAGAGUUGCAGGCGCUAUUGCGCAGACGAACGUGUUUGACUAUCGACGAGUGGAUGGCACCGAACCCAGCCACUUCGGUGUCCCGCUCGGCAGUGUCGAAAUCAAGUACCUCAAUCCCGACGAGAAAGCUCUCAGCUCUCCCGAGCCAAGUGGCAACCUGGUCGUCAUGGGCCCGGCUGUCGCCGGAGGGGAGGUGAAGCUUGAUGUACAGAUGAAAAUGCGCGAGGAUGGUUGCAUUGUAUAUGGAUGA